AUGCGGCUGCAGCGGUGGUACUUGGCCCUGCAGCCCUAUGACUUCACUGUGCGCCAUCGGGCCAGGAAGGACCAUGCUAACGCGGACUUCCUCUCCCGGCUGGGGGGAAGGGGCUGGAGCAGCGGAGCGGGCGGCGCCGGGAGCAGGGAGCGGGCGGGGGGCGGCGCUGGGGAGAACAAAGGGCCGAGCGGGGCCGGGGCUGGGCCAUUGCAGGGCGCUGCCGCCUCCCUCCGCCCCGAGCCGGGGCUGAGCCGCUGCUGCUCCACGGGCGGAGCCGGGGAGACCUUCGCUGCAGCUGGGACUAGCCCCGGGCCCGGCUCUGCCGGCACCAGCUCCGCCUGGAGACCCAGGCUGCAGAAUAACAUCCACAUUUUGCUCCGGAUUGUCCCAUCCUCCCAGGAGAAAGGAAAUGGCAUCAGUGGAGCUGGCUCAAGGUUUCCAGUUUCCAAGCCUGAUGUGAUCUCCCGGCUGGAACGUGGGGAAGAGCUGUGGGUCCCAGAUCUCCAGGGCUCUGAGGAAAGGGAGCUCCAGAAAGGUGCUCAGAUAGAUGAGGCAUCCAUUAAAGCAACUCAGAAACUGGAACCACAUGGCACAUUAGCAGGAAGAUGCAAAGAGAAAGUUUCUGGGAGGUGUGGAGAGGCAAAAGCCUCUGAAAAUCAGCAUAGGCCAGAGAAAAGCGUCAGUAGUGGCUCAGACCUUAUUCGACAUGAAAGAAUUAAUAUGGGAAAGAGACCUUACACAUGCUCUGAGUGUGGGAAAAGCUUUAGUCAGAGCUCAACCCUCAUCACACAUUACAGAGUUCACACUGGAGAGAGGCCGUACACAUGCUCUGAAUGUGGGAAAAGCUUCAGUCAUGGCUCAGCCCUUAUCACACAUCAGAGAAUCCACACCGGAGAGAUGCCUUACACAUGCCCUGAAUGUGGAAAAAGCUUCAAUCACAGUUCAAAUCUCAUCAAACAUCGGAGAAUCCACACAGGAGAGACACCCUACACAUGCUCUGAGUGUGGGAGAAAUUUCUGUCGGAGUUCAGCCCUUAUCACACAUCAGAGAAUCCACACGGGUGAGACACCCUACUCAUGCACCGAGUGCAAGAAAACCUUCAGUGAGAGUUCAGACCUUAUUAGGCAUUGGAUAAUCCACACAGGAGAGAAACCCUACACAUGCCCUGAGUGUGGGAAAAGCUUCAACCACAGCUCAAACCUGAUCACACAUCGGAGAAUCCACACCAGAGAGACACCCUACACCUGCCUUGAGUGCGGGAAAAGCUUCACCCAGAGCUCACACCUUAUCACACAUCAGAGAAUCCACACAGGAGAGCGCCCCUACACAUGCUCUGAGUGCGGGAAAAGCUUCUGUCGAAGCUCAAACCUCAUCACACAUCAGAGAAUCCAUGUAGGGAAGACACUCUGCUCAUGCUCUGAGUGUGGGAAAAGCUUCAGUCGGAGUUCAGCUCUUAUUAGUCAUCAGCGAAUCCAUAGAGGAGUGACAAACUUCACAUGCCCUGAGUGCGGGAAAAGCUUCAACCGGAGCUCACACCUCAUCACACAUCGGAGAAUCCACACGGGAGAGAAACCUUACACGUGCUCUGAGUGUGGGAAAAGCUUCAGUCGGAACUCAAACCUGAUCACACAUCAGAGAGUCCACACUGGAGAGACACCCUACACAUGCUCUGAGUGCGGGAAAAGCUUUAGUCAGAGCUCAACCCUCAUCACACAUCGGAGAAUCCACACAGGAGAGAGACCCUUCACGUGCCCUGAGUGCGGGAAGAGUUUUAGUCAGAGCUCAACUUUUAUCAAACAUAAGAGAAUCCACGUAGGCGAGUAAUGUCAUAAAUGCCUUGACUAGGGCUGGCCAAAGAAUUUUUGUAAAAUACAUUAGCGAAUUCCCACAUAGUUUGCACCAUUGUCUUCAGUGUGGUGUCUCAGCGCCACUUGAGUUUCCUGCCUCUAUUUUGCACCUCCCCCUUCUUUGGGGUGAUUUUCGUGAUCCUUUAUAUCAACUCCUUUGUCUUUGGGAGUGUCCUCCUCCUGCCAGAAAUAUCCAUCAGCGCCAGCUGGGGGAGAUGGGGUUGACCUUGAUUAGCUACACUGAGGUAAAAGCUACCUGUGUCUUGUCUCCACUGGGAUUGUACGUGGAGGUAACUGCCCAACAUAGCGAUCUUGUAACAACAAAAGUACAUUUGCAGUGCAGACAUGACCUGGGUACAGUGGCUGGGUUAGUUUUCCCCUUCACCUGAGCUCAGCUCCAUAAUUUUUCCUAGUCUAAACAAACCCCAAGGAUCACGUUGAUACCAUUCCCCCAUUCGGCCUC